UUCCUGGUUCCCGGGCUCGGCUGUGCCGGGAGCCUCCUGGAAGGGAAACAAUGGGGCGGAGGGCACUGCGGUAGCCGCCGCCGCCGCCGCCGCCGCCGCCGCCGCCGCCGCCGCCCCGGACCCGCUCGGCCUCCCGCGACUGGCCGCCGCCGGGACCGCCCUGAGAACAGGAUAUGUAUUCCUCUGAGAAACCCUGGAUAGUAGAUUUUGGCUUAAUACUGGAUUGGGACAAUACACAGAGACUUUUCCAGUCAUGAAUUCGGACCAGGAUGCAGCACUCAAACUUGCUCAGGAACGAGCUGAAAUAGUUGCUAAAUAUGACAGAGGACGAGAAGGUGCAGAGAUUGAGCCUUGGGAAGAUGCUGAUUAUCUUGUUUACAAAGUCACUGAUAGAUUCGGCUUUUUACAUGAGGAGGAGCUCCCAUGUCAUAAUGCAGCUGCGGACCGGCAAAAGCAACUGGAAAUUGAAAGAACUCCCAAAUGGCUGAAAAUGCUGAAAGGAUGGGAAAAAUACAAGAAUACUGAGAAGUUUCAUAGACGAAUUUACAAAGGAAUUCCACUCCAGCUCCGAGGUGAAGUUUGGGCUCUUCUUCUUGAGAUCCCUAAAAUGAAAGAAGAAACAAGAGACCUUUAUAGUAAAUUAAAGCACAGAGCACGGGGUUGUUCACCUGAUAUCAGACAAAUAGACCUUGACGUGAACCGUACAUUUAGGAACCAUAUUAUGUUUAGAGACAGAUACGGUGUUAAGCAACAAGCCUUAUUCCAUGUUCUUGCUGCAUAUUCUAUCUAUAAUACGGAAGUUGGGUACUGCCAAGGGAUGAGCCAGAUCACAGCCCUCCUCCUUAUGUACAUGAACGAGGAAGAUGCCUUCUGGGCCCUGGUCAAACUCUUCUCAGGCCCCAAACAUGCCAUGCACGGCUUUUUUGUCCAAGGGUUCCCUAAACUCUUAAGAUUUCAAGAACAUCAUGAAAAAAUUCUGAAUAAAUUUCUUUCAAAACUGAAGCAGCAUUUGGAUUCUCAAGAAAUCUACACAAGUUUUUACACAAUGAAAUGGUUUUUUCAGUGUUUCCUUGAUCGAACUCCCUUUACGCUGAACCUUAGGAUAUGGGACAUUUAUAUUUUUGAAGGAGAGCGAAUUCUUACUGCUAUGUCUUACACAAUCUUGAAAUUACACAAAAAACAUCUAAUGAAAUUGUCUAUGGAAGAACUUGUAGAAUUUCUUCAGGAGACUCUCGCCAAGGACUUUUUCUUCGAGGAUGAUUUUGUAAUAGAGCAACUUCAGGUUUCUAUGGCAGAACUAAAGCGGGCAAAAUUAGAUUUCCCAGAACCUGGUAAGGAGGAUGAAUAUCCAAAAAAACCCUUGGGGCAGCUUCCACCUGAGUCUAAUUCUGCUUGUAUUAAUCACUUGAGCAAUGGACAAAGAAGUAUUGGCAGGCCCAGCCCCCAAAUAAGCAGCAGAAGAGAAACUGGAUCACCUCACAAGAAGCAUGAGCGUUCCCCUGCGCACUACAGCAGAGCUGGCCCACCAGAACGAGCCGGGCGAGCCGGACAGAAGUCAGUGGGCGAGGAAGGUAAAACCUUGAAGCAUGAGGCAGAUUUUCAGAAAAAGCCUGCUUUGGGUACACAGGACAGCUCCAGGCAAUAUAACCACGCAGCUGCUAACCAAAAUAGCAAUGCAAUUUCAAACAUCAGGAAGGAAUUUAUGCCCAAAUGGAGAAAACCAUCAGACGCCUCAGCUAUUGAAAGAACUGCUAAAUAUGCCAUUGAAGGCAAAAGUCACUCAGUGCAACCCACUCUUACAGUUGCCACCCCAAGUUCUGCUGAGUCCCGAGUGUCAAACUCAAGGCAAAAGAUGAAGGUUUUUGAUGGCAGUGAUGGAAAGCGGGGUUCUACUGCUUCACAGUAUGACAACGUGCCUGGGAGUGAAAAUGAAAGUGGAGUACCUGUGGAGGAGGCACCAGAACGGACUCACCCUCACAGUCCAAGGAAGCAUACUGAGCCAAGUUCCAGCCCAGCAAAAGUCCCCAACAAGUUUACUUUCAAAGUGCAGCCUCCCAGCCAUGUACGGUCCCCAUCCCAGCUAGAAGGGGAGGACCUCAGGGCUGCGUAUCCACCCUCCUACAGCAACCCCCCUGUCUACCACGGAAAUUCUCCAAAACACAUUCCUAUUGGCCACAGCGGCUUUGUGUCCACAGAGAUCAGCCCUGGGACUCAAAUUAAUUCUUCCAGGAGACCUUAUGGUUCUUCUCUUUCAGUUGACAUUUCUCCAGAGAAAUCUUUCAGCCGCCCAACUCCUGUUGUUCUACCAUCCAGUCGAAUUGAAGUCCUUCCCAUUGACUUUGGUACCGGGGGAAAUGCAGGCAGUUCAGGGUCACCAAGGAACGGAAACUUCAUCCUUCCUCCAGUGGAUUAUUUACCAGAGAACAUAAAAUGGUCAGAAGUUAGUUAUACAUACAGACCUGAGAUGCAUGGACAAUCAUGGACUCGAGAGGCUAACCGUAGCCACUUAAGCAAUUUACCAAAAUAUGCAGCCUUUCAACACGUACCUUUUCAGGACCACGGCCUUCCAGAAGUAUGUGUAGACAGUCCGGUGAGGUAUAAAACUUCACCAGCUGUGGAAGAUGCCAGUCCUCCUAGGUAUCCAUAUGCAGGGCCCUCGCCUUCAGCACAUCACUACAGAAAUCGAGAGGGGCUUUCUGUUCAGGAGUCAGUAUUGUUAUGAGAGUUUGGCUGUAUUCACUGAUGACAAAGAGAAUAGAAACCAUACGAUACCCACAUUGCUAUGUUUAUAAUUGCCAAAGCAGUAUUUUAUACUAUUGUAAACAACUUGCAUAGUUCAGUGUAUGUCAGUAUGAGAGUAUGUGGGAAUGCUUCAUCCCAUGUAGAUGCUGCUGAAGAUGAGUGUUUCAGUUGCUUCAUCACUGAACCGUUAACAGGAGGUUAGCCUGGAACAUAGCAAGAGCAUUUAGGACGGCAUACACAGUGAGGUUCUUUAUGCUGUUUUUCUCAGAUCUUCCCCUCAGACCUGAAUGUUUCCACUCUGUUGAUCCCUUGUGUUCUGACUACUGUUAGAAAGCACUGAGACACAAUGGAGGAGAUUUCUGCAGGCUGUCACUCGCCUUUUAAUAGACGUGGCAAACGCCGGUGCAGAGAGAUUUUGAUCACAGAAUUUAGAAAUGUUUUUUUUAAACUCCAUUUAAUCUAUAUCCAUGAAAUAACAGUAUUUCCCCCCCUUAUCUUUCUGCCCACCCUGCCCCUGUCAUAUUUUAAUUCAGGUUCUAAACUGAAACUGACUAAAGAGUUUGUUCUGACUUUAUGAACCCAGAGUCUCACAGAAUGUCAUUCUCUCAGUUGCUGCCAUUUUAUCUCCACCUGAACAUUAAAGACUGCACAGAAAGGCUGACCACUCAGUGGUGCCUAACAUGUGGCUCAGUUAGCCUGAGUGUGUGGCUGGGGAGAGCACUCACUUUGUCCCUUAUCUCGGGCUGUUUCACUGCUUCUGUGCCCUGGGUUGUGGUCUGGCCCUCGAACAGCAUCUGCCUGGUCCUUGCCUGUGCAAGGGACUGGCUGCAAAGUGGGUGAAGUCAGAGCUUGCAGCACUCUGAGCGGUGGAAGGUUGCUUUUCACGAUCAUUUGAAAGCAGCUUUGACUGAAAGGCAGCUCCUCACUCCUGGGCCUCACGUGCCCAGGAGGACCAUUCCCGUGGUCUUUUCUGGCACUCAGUCUUCACAGCACAGUGGACGGAUACUGCUGCACGCACUGGGCCAUUGCAUCAUCCAGGUCAGAAUUGUAAAAAGAAGUACCCUAAUUAUUAAUGAGGAUUUACAAUUUUGAUCUUUGAAAAAAAAGUAGUAUGUUUCAUAGUUUUGGAAAUUUUCUUUCAGUGAAAAAUAAUUUAGGUUCAUGGUUUAGAAAGGGUGAUUUCUUUUAUGCUAUCACACACUACUGACACCAAGUCUCUGACAAAGUGCUGGGUUCUCCAGGCAGAUGGAUGUCUGUGGAUGCUCGUCUCACUGUCACCUUCUUGUAUCUGAAUAUCAGGAAGUAGAAAGUCCAGCAAUGAUGUCCCCCUGCUCCUCGGUGGGGAUUUAAGCUUUUGAGGUACAAGGUUAUGUCUUAAUGAAAGUAACAUUUGUUUAGCUAGUGAACAUAACAAUAUUUUUUAUGUAUAUAAUGAUUCUAAUGUAAUUUAAUCAGCGUGGUAAUGAUGUUAUUAAGUGUGGAAGCAAAUGCAGUAUAUUAAAGGUGAACACUGCACUGAAACUCCAACUCCUGACAAAAUAACCAGGCUCUUGAUUUAGAUCAUGCGGAAGGUGAGAAAUAAAUGUGUAUAGAAAUGUAGCUGAGGAUAUUAUUACAGUUCUUAAAGUAUGACUCUGUGAUUUCUACGGAAACAAGCUGUACAAUUAGUUUAUGAUGGCAGCAUCUUUGCCUCUCCAGAAAGUAUAUAUCUUAGUGGUAAAUAAUGUAGAUUAUAUAUAUAUAUAUGCAAUAUAUAUGCACACACACUAUUUUCUUAUGUCAUCUAUGGCAUUUUUUUAUCUGUAUACUUUUUUGACGUGAUUGUUUUUAACAUGCUAAAAGUAAUCCGUAUAUUUUGUUCUGUGUCUUCUGUAUGCAGUUUUCACGUGGCAAGGGCUGUGUCCUGGUGCUUUCAGGGCCAAGCCGACAAUUUCUCAUGUGCUCACCAAUAGCAGUUUAAAAAUGCUGCAGUUCUCUGCUCUUGUUUCUAGUAAGACCAUGUUUAGAACCUCAUUGCCUUUCCCUGGCUCAAGUUUUACUAAUGGCGGUAAAGUCUUCCCCACUACAAGGGUCUCUGCUUCUUUCUAAGUAGGAGAUUUUAAUUUAAAAUUAUUUUGCCAUUAUAUAAUUUUAUUAUUUUAAAUUUAUUUUUAAAUAAAAGAAAUGAUAAGAGAAAUAAUAUUGGCAAAGUGACUCAAAAUAUAUUUAUAGAAAACGUUUGCUGAGGACACUCCAGGAAGAGCAUCCAGUUUUGUUCCAUAACCGCAUGCCCUAGUGUGUUUGCCAUGGUUAAACUACCUCCUUCAUGAUGCUGUUGUAUUGUACGCU